UAGACGAGCGAGGCUCAGUCGCCGUUCGGUCGCCGCUCGGUCGCCGCUCGGUCGCACAUACGUGUAGGUACGCGUAGCUAGCUGCCCAUCGCUUUGGUAGACCUCGUCCGAUUGAUCGCGCGAGCCGCCAUGAGGCCCACACUGCCCACCUCAGGGUUGCUGCUGCUGCUGCUCGCCUCUGUCGCCGACCUGGCCAACGCUGCCAGCGUCACUGGUCGGCACGACCAGCACCGGGACCAGCCAUCCUGUGGUUACCAAUCCUGCACGAAGAGCGACGCGGGCAAGAUCAACAUCCAUCUAGUGGCGCACACGCACGACGACGUCGGCUGGCUCAAGACCGUCGACCAGUACUACUUUGGAGGCCGCAUGAACAUCCAGGUAGCCGGUGUGCAGUACAUCAUCGACAGCGUGGUCGACGCCCUCGUAAAGGAGCCCAGCCGAAAGUUCAUCUACGCGGAGACCGCCUUCCUAUGGAAAUGGUGGCUGCGCCAGGACGAGGCCAAGCGCGCCACGGUGCGCAACCUCGUCGACGAGGGCCGCCUCGAGAUCGUCGGCGGCGGCUGGAGCAUGAACGACGAGGCCACCACCCACUACCAGUCGAUGAUCGACCAGUUCACUUGGGGCUUCAGACGUCUGAACGACAGCUUCGGCGAGUGCGCCCGGCCGCGGGUCGGCUGGCAGAUCGACCCGUUCGGGCACUCGCGCGAGCAGGCCUCCGUGUUCGCCCAGCUGGGCUUCGACGGGCUGCUCUUCGGGCGCCUCGACCACCAGGACAAGCGCCAGCGGCUCCGGGACAGGAGCAUGGAGUUCGUCUGGCGAGCGAGUCCGAGUCUGGGCCAGUCGGCGGAUCUGUUCACCUCGGUGCUGUACAACACCUACUCGCCGCCGCCGGGCUUUUGCUUCGACAUCUUGUGCCAAGACGCCGAGCCGAUGAUCGACGACCGCGACAGCCCGGACUACAAUAUCGACAAGCGGGUGCAACAGUUUUUGAACUUUAGCCGCACUCAGGCGUCCAUCUACAGAACGAACAACGUCAUUCUGACCAUGGGCGAGGAUUUUCAUUAUCAGUACGCCGACAUGUAUUUUGGUAAUAUCGAUAAACUCAUUAGCGCUAUAAACAAGCUCAACGGCACGCGCUACAAAGCCUUCUAUUCGACGCCCUCGUGCUACCUGAAGGCCGUCAACGAGCGGAACCUCAGCUGGCCGACCAAGAGCGACGACUUCUUCCCGUACUCCAGUGACCCGCAUGCCUUCUGGACGGGCUACUUCACCUCCAGGCCCACGCUCAAGUACUUCGAGCGAAUGGCCAACAAUCUGCUGCAGGUGGUCAAGCAGCUGAGCGUGCUGAGCGGCGCGCCCGACAGCCCCGAGCUGCAGCGCUUCCGCGAGGCCAUGGGCGUGAUGCAGCACCACGACGCCGUGACCGGCACCGAGAAGCAGCACGUGGCCGACGACUACGCGCGCAUACUCCACCGGAGCGUGAACGACGGCGAGCGCCUGGCCGGCGAGGCCCUACGCAAUUGGACCAGCAAGGGGACCGCCAGCGGCGAGCCGUGCCCGCCGGUCCAAUUCCACUCGUGCCUCCUGCUCAACGUCAGCUCGUGCGAGCACAGCAGCGACCACUCGAGCUUCGUGGCCACGGUGUACAACCCGGGCAGCCAGCCGCUCAACGUCUACGUGCGCCUGCCGGUCGCCGGCACGCAGUUCAGCGUCAAGGACUUCAGCGGCAAGGAGAUCGUGAGCCAGGUGGUGCCCAUACCCGCGCAGCUGUCCAAGCUGCCGGGCCGCUCGAGCAGCGCCACGCGCGAGCUGGUCUUCCAGGCGGUCAACGUGGCGGCCCUCGGCUACCAGUCCUUCCACGUGAGUGCCAAGCCGUCCCCGCAGGACGCUCACGAGGCCCCGCAGUCCGACCAGCAGAGCAUCCUCCAGAUCGGCAGGCAGGAGUAUGGCAUCUCCGUAAGCGCGGACAAUCGCGUGAUCGUCAAGACGCCUCUUGGCAUCGAGUACGAGCAGAGCUUUCAGUACUACGAGGCUGCCCACGGCAACAACGAGGAGUUUGUCAAUCGAUCGUCCGGGGCUUACAUCUUCAGGCCGCAGGGCAACCGCAGCAAGGAGCUGCCGGCCACCGGCGGUUUCCAGAUCUUUAAAGGACCCCUGGUCGAGGAAAUCCAUCUGACCGUCAACGACUGGGUGAGCCAGGUGGUGAGAGUCUACAACGAGGAGGAGUUCGUGGAGUUCGAGUGGCUGGUCGGGCCGAUCCCCGUCGACGACGCGGUCGGCAAGGAGGUGGUGGUCAAGUACGCGAGCAAUCUGAGCAACAGGGGCGAGUUCUACACGGACAGCAACGGGCGCGAGAUGAUGAUGCGCCGGCGGAACCAGAGGCCCAGCUGGAAGGUGGAGCUCGAGGAGGAGAUCGCCGGCAACUACUACCCCGUGACGGCAAAAAUCAGCAUCGAGGAGGAGCGGAGCCAGCGCCGCCUGAGCGUGCUCAACGACCGCGCCCAGGGCGGCUCGAGCCUCCGGGACGGCGAGCUCGAGCUGAUGGUCCAUCGCAGGCUGCUGCACGACGACGCCUUCGGUGUCGCCGAGGCCCUCAACGAGACCGCCUUCGGCCAGGGCCUGGUGGCCCGCGGCCGACAUGUCCUCAUUGCCGGCAGCGCGCGGGGCCGCGACCAGCUGCCGCUGCGGGAGAAGGAGCAGGCGGGCCAGCUGGCCCUGCGUCCCUGGAUCUUCGUCACGCCCGUGGCGGAUUCGUUCGAGCAGUGGAGCCAGCGCCACCACAUGAGGGGAGAUGGUCUGGUGGGGGCGGUGCCGGGCAACGUCCGCAUCCUCACCCUCGAGCCGUGGAGGGACGACCAAGUGCUGCUGCGACUCGAGCACCUGUUCGAGCGCGACGAGUCGCCCAAGUACUCGGUUCCCGCUCGGCUCGACAUCAACGACCUGUUCCCCGCAUUCAACGUGCUGUCCGUACUCGAGACGAGCUUGGGGGCGAAUCGCCGCGCCAAGGACGACGGACGGCUGCUCUGGGAGGCCGAGCAGCAGGACGAGCUGCCGGAACUGGACGCCGAGGCUCCCGCCGUCUCGCGCGACACCUGCACCGUCAGUCUGAAGCCCAUGCAAAUACGGACUUUCCUGUUGAAGCUGUCUCCGCGCCACCAGCUCGGCCCGUCCGCCAUCGCGAAUGCCGGCGACUGAUCGUCCAUCUGUAUUUUGCAGCUUGCACGCAGAAUAAAUUGAAUGUUGAAUUGAAAAGCGCGUACUCGAUAAAACGUUAUCUCGGCACGGUUAUUGUCAAUUUAUUGGCCUCGCCAG